AUUUUAGUAAAAAUAUUUAAAAAAAAAUAACUGUUAACAACAUAAGAUGGCAACACUAAUUCUAAAAACACGUGGGCAGGAGCAUGAGAAGGAAGUUUAGACAACGUCGUCACCAUAGCAAUUAUCGAAAUCAAUAUAAUCGUUAUCAGUCGCAUAACGCUGAUGAGAAAUCGCUAGAAAUUCCUGGAUUUUACUUCGAUCCGAUAAAAAAGCGUUAUUUUAAUAUUCCGACACACCCCAGCAGUCAAGAUCAGUUGAAAUUAAAGUUAGACGUAGAGAAACCAGUUAAAGUUUUGAAAGUUGACGGUAAUUACCUGAAUCUGUUGAAUCGUCGUCAAUUAAGUUUGGAUAGUUCGACUUCAUUCGUUAAUCGCUUUCUUCGUUUAAAGAUUUCAAGAAUGAGAAGCUUUUACAAUAUAGAACUUAAUGAAAGUGAUACCGAAUAUCCUGUUUUUGAAUGUAAAUAUUUAAUAGGAUGUCCGGAAAGUUCAACUUUCGUUGCAGCUUGUACACUUCAGACAGGAGGAGUACUUGUCCGGAGCUUUUCACUAGAAAGUAAGAAUGAGGAUUGCAAUGACAUGCAUGUGGAGUUUCAAAAUACGUGCGGUAUAAACUUCUGCGAGAAAGUCACAGAUUUAUGCAUUUUGGAUGUGGCAGAGGAUAAAAAGUAUGUCCUUUUUACUUCUGUAGAUGUGUCUCCGCAUCCGCGGCAUUGUUCUUCUGUAACCGUACAUGCUUUGACGCAUUUGAAUUCUUAUCCUCAAAUGUGUGGCGUUUACGAACACGAGCAACAUAGAGAAGAGAAACCACUUCUUUGGAGUUGCACCUGGAAUAAACACACGCAAACUUUUGCAAUUGGAGGUGAACAUUUAAUACGAGCAAUAAAUUUGAAUGGGGGAGUUUGCAAUAUACCUUUUAAAGAAAAUUGCUUUUCUUUAACAUAUAACUUGUUUGGUAAUCAGUUAUUUGUAGGUAGCAAUAUUGGAAAUUUGAGUUGUUUUGACUUAAGAAGUGCUAAAUUUAUAUCCAGUGAAAAGCUUGGAAAAGGUAUUUCCUACAUUAAACUCUUAAAAAAUGAAAAUUUUAUUAUAACUAGUGGAUUUGAAGGAAAAUUACUGCAGGUUGAUUUAAGAACUUGGAAGCCAGUUCUAGAAUAUCCAGAACAUGUGAAUGAUUAUUUGAAAUUACCAUUCAGUAUUGACGAAGAAGCUAAUGUCUUGUGUUCAGUGGGUCAGGACAGAAAUACAAGAUUGUGGUCUCUAAACGAAGGGAAAUUAUUACAUUCGAUAAGACCAGAUUACCCAGUUUUGUCGGUCAGUGAUCAACCUAUGGCAUGGUAUUCCGCUUCUUGGCAGUUAUCACCCCAAAAAUCAGAAUCUUGUCUUGUAAUGACAACACAGAAUGCUAUAUUGUUGUAUAAAUAGAUUGAUUACACCAUUUUAAAUUGCCUUUAAUUAAUUGAAUGUGAUAAACUUGUUAAGAAUAAAUUAUACAUAAAUAUAAUGUGAAGUUAUCUUUCUACUUUAAUAUUUUCUUCUAUAAAUAAGAAUGUUAACCCUUAACUGGUUUCUUGGGGGCCGCGCAGCCCCCAUGCGUCAUAUUUUUAUGAUUUUCUAAAAAUCUAAAUAUCGUGUGCAGCUGCCAUUUCAUG